CCUUUCUUCGUGGUUUUAUCAUUACUCUUUUGAAGGCAUCAGCCAUUGUUGGUAAUAAGUAAUUGAUGGAGAAAAUACUCUUUCGUCGUCGUAUUUUUUUAACGAGAGUGUUGCUUUUAGUACUCAUGGUGAAGGGUCGGAACGGGAAGAACCUGCUCAUGCUGAAUGGUUACACGUACUAUCAGCAUAAGCUGCUGCGUGAUGGCUUCAGAUGGAGUUGCACCCAGAUGGGAUCCAGGUCCUGCAGGGGUUUCCUGCAUGUGUCUGCCGAUAUUCCGGUGGUUCGUGCUCACAUUGAGCACACGCACCCGCCGUAUGCGACCUACUCUCUGCAUAACGUGAAGAAGAAUUUGUCGAAUGCAAGGAAAUAUAACAAACUAAUUUAUUUAAAUUAGAUAAUUUAUUGAAGAAGUCAAGAGAGAAGGUGGAAUUGGAUAGAUUAUUUAAACAUAACAAUAAUUUUAAUAGAAAUAAACUAACAUCGUUGUGUUUGUUUAUUAUUAUUUUUCUUUCGUUUUUCAUUGUUUUUCGUUUUUCUAUGCCAUGUUUACAAUUUAAUCAUGUUUUGACCUGUUUUAGAUGUAAAUAGGGUUUUGAGGAAGAGAUUAAAUGUAUAAUCUAGGGA